AUGGGCGGGUGGAUCCGAAGCAAAGUAGAAGCCGUCCAAAUAACGCCCAUUGAGUUCGGAGAAGAGGUAUUACGGAACAACAAAACCUAUGUGCGACUGUUCCGAAAGGCCAACCAGGGUCUCGUUAAACUUGCCACCGUGACAUAUCCUCUUACUGGUCAUGAACCUGACUGGAAUGGUCAGGAGACAGUCAGAGACUAUGUCGCUAGUGCAACUAACUCUAUCGACACCACAAUGAAAAACUUUGUCACCAAGCUGGCCCAGUUAAAUACAGGCUCCGAGGAAAAGCCCCUUACAGGACCAGCUCUACAAGUCACAUCAACAUUCAUGCAACUUAGAAACGCCCUUAACGGCUACUUGGAGGCUAGAAUAGCUAUCGAUUCUUCAAUCUGGUCCUUCGAAAUCAAAAGACCUGCCGUGCCAAAGGAGACUUAUAUUUGGGUGCUAAUUGAGAGAUUAUGGGAAACAGUUUCAGAAUGUUGUCUCCCUACCACUGAAAAUGGUGAUGAUAAAUCUUAUGAAUGGGUUUUCAACGGGAUGUAUGACGAAGAAGCAGGGCUAUGGACAAUGAAGCCAGAAGAUACAAGACUCAGAAUACAAAUACUAGGCGCAAUGAUGAGCGGCCUCGGCAGUUUGAAAACACCUGCAAAAGAGCUAAUCGAUGAUAUUAGAGCGAUCUCAAUCGAAAACAAGUUUCCAGCGUCUACAUACGAAUCGUUGCCAAAGAUUGUGGAUGAUCUUGAAGUCAUCAUCCAAGCCUUUGUCACAAACCUUUGGACUAUCAGACUCGGUAUGUCGGGACUACAUAUUGAGUUUAGACACAGAUUUGAGAAAGAGGAUUGA